GCGAGCGAUAAAGCAUUUUUUUGUUUUUGCCGUAUACGUUUCGACGGUCCUGUUUGCCAAUUAUUCUCAUUCUGAUGUUCUGUCAUGAUGACGAGACGAGCUGUCCAUUGCUCCAUUAUUUUUCGGCACUUUCGCGCUUUUAAGUAACAGAUGAAAAGUGUUUGCAAGAUUAUCUUUAUAACUUUAUUGACGGCGCAGGUGAUAUGAUAUGGGAGAGUCUCUCUUUUAACUGUUUUUUUUCCCACUGCUUUGUGACUAGUAAUGUAGGUUAACAUAAUCAGAUCUGUCGAAAUCUGGAUCUUCCAAAGGAGAUAUCUUCAGCCAAAAAUGAACACUAUGGAACUUUGAUCAAAAGGUCCAAAAAACAUUGGUGUGGAGUAGUAUUUGUUUUUUUAGAGCAGCAUGUUUAGCAGUAUAAGGAACUUUGUAUACAGGCAUAGGAAAAAAUUUAUUUUCACAGGUAUAUUUAUUGGUGGUGCGUUUGUUGCAAAUUAUUAUCUACAGAAAAAAAUCCGGGACUGGCAAGAAGCUUUGGCGAAAGAGUACAUUGAGAAAACACGCCGCAAGUUCCUCUUUGAAAACACUGAACGAACAUGUAAUCAAACUACUUUAUCUUUUGCAAUCAAGCUGCAAAAUGUUAUUACGGAGACUCUUAACACAGCAGCUGUUGUAAACUCCAUAAAAAAUGGGCAUGUUGACAAAGUGAAAGCCUGGGAAGAGCUGAAAGGACUUGUUUUUACUCAAGUGGCCCUCAUUAUUUAUGCAGAGGUUAUGCUAGCUAUUGUGGUCAGGAUUCAAGUAAAUGUUGUUGGUGCUCAAAGUUAUCAGGAAUCUGAUGAGAAUCCAGUGAUUCUUGAUGAAUUGCAAGAGAAAUAUCUGUCUCAAAGCUUGUAUUUUCUCGGAGAAGGAAUUGUAAAAUUAAGGAAAUAUAUAGAGUCAAAAGUGAAGCCAAUAAUGGACAAAGUCUCCCUCAAACAAAAGUUAUACUUGAAAGAUCUGCAAGAAUAUUUUUGGAUGAUUCAGUCAGCUUUGAGCUCUGACAAUCAGGAUCCAUUGAAAAAUAUGGCAGAUUUCAUUUUCCCUCCUCUUGUACUUGAUGAGCCAAAUCCUGUUCUCAAAAACUGGCUUCAAGAUACCAUUGACAUAUUAAAUAGUAAUGAUGUCCAGUUUUUAGCCACUUCCUGUAUUAGUCAUGGCUUCUCUGUUGUCAUGGACACAUCGUCUCAAGUUUUUCUUGAAAAAUUCAAAGAAUUGCCGGAAAAUACAAGAAUUAAGGAAAAUGGACCAUCUAGCUCUGGUUCUGCCAAUUGCCUAUUGAAUGGAGCCUCCUCAAAAUCUGUUAGCAAAAGUGAUUGUAUUAAUUUAAAUGACAUUUCAAUCCCAAUGGCGAAAGUAAUACCUAUAGUUAAUGGUCUUCUAGAGAAUUGCAAUGGACCGAAUCAUCUCAAUCCAUGGAUCAAUGUAAUUAUUUCCUCUGACAAGAUCAAUACGUUAGGAGCAAAUAUUUUUGAAGGUUUUUGUCCAUCCAGUUGAUCCUUCUAAAGAUUUAAAUGAUCUUUUUUAUCUUCUCAAUGUGGUAAAUGUUACAUUUUUUAUUUGGGGUUUAAUUAUUUAGCUGUUAUUCUUUUAUACUGUCACUCUAAAUAAAUGAGUAUUUUUUUUCCCUUGGUUUAUGCUUGCUUACAUUUAAUCUUUCACAAUCUGUCAAAAAUACUGAGAGUAAAUGAACUUACAUUCAACCAAA